AUGGCAUCCGCCAAGCGUGAGGCGCUCUCCGCAUGCACAUCGGUGGAAUCCAUGGGUAGCGCAAUGGCUUCAAUGCCUUACUACUUAUCCAAGGGUACAAACGAGCUCGUCGCUUCUUCUGUUGAUGAAGCUGUUCGUGCUUUGAAGUCCGUGUUGCUGAUGACUAUCACGGGCGUCGGAGAGAUCCUCUGGUUCGUCAUAAAUAUGAUGUACUCUACCUACGCCUGUCUCAUCACAAUGGCUGUUCGCGGAACGGUAGGAGCCGGUAUUGAACUGGUGAAGGAAGCUACCGAAUGGAUCAACAAGACUCUUAAGUCCAUCGGCGGCGACAUUGAGAGUACUGUCGACAAAUACAGAGACGAACUGAAUUCAUUCCUCGAGACAAUCAACAAAGUGGCCAGUGUCUUUUCGGAUGAUCCUAGUCCAAUCAACUUGAACAGCUCAAUCAGUGCACUGGAGAAUCUCUCCCUUCCAUCAUCAGUCAACAGAACAGUUGAAAAAUUGGACAAUAUCGUCCUUCCCAACUUCAAAGAGAUCCAGAACUAUACCAAGACUCUCUUUCAAACACCCUUCCAGGAGGUCAAAGAUCUGGUCAAUGAGACUCUGGGCACUUACAGUUUCGAUCGAUCUGCACUCCCAGUCCCUGCCAAGAAGCAACUGGCGUUCUGCGAUGACAACACUGGCAUCAACGAUUUCUUCAACAAAGUCGCAGAGCUGACACUAACAGCACGGAAAAUCUUCAUUGCCGUCCUCAUCGUUGCGGCCAUCUUGGUAUGCAUCCCGAUCGCAUGGCAAGAAAUCCGCCGAUGGCGCGCAAUGAAAGAACGCUCCCAGCUAGUUCGCAAGGAAGCCCAUGAUCCAAUGGACGUUGUCUACAUUGUCUCACGUCCAUACACGGCCGCCGCAGGCAUCAGAGCAGCAAGCCACUUCAGCAACAGCCGCCGGCAAAUUCUCGUUCGAUGGGCCAUUGCCUAUGCAACAUCCCUACCUGCUCUUUUUGUGCUGGCUCUUGCUCUAGCAGCACUAUUCGCAUGUCUAUGCCAGUACAUCCUCCUCCACACAGUGAAGCAAACUGUCCCUGCACUCAGCGCAGAGGUAGGAGAGUUUGCAGACAAGGUCGUCAACGCACUUGAAAGCGCCUCAACAGACUGGGCCACCGAUGCCAACAAAGCGCUCAUUAAACUUGACACUGACUUGAACCACGACGUCUUCGGCUGGGUCAACAGCAGCACGCAGGCCAUCAAUGGGACUCUGAACUUCUUCAUCUACAACACAUCCAGCGUCCUCAACGAGACCUUCAAAGGCACUCUCCUACAAGAACCCGUCUACGAGCUAUACGAGUGCCUCAUCGGCCUCAAAGCAGAAGCACUCCAAAAGGGUCUCAACUGGGUAGUCGAACACGCACAUAUCUCCCUCCCCACCCUCCCAAACAACACAUUCUCCGCCGGUGCCUCGUCCAGCAUCAACGAAAGCGACAAUCCCUCCGACAGUUUCCUCGCCAACGCGGGUGACCAGACAUCCAACAAAAUCUCCGAGGUCGUCAUCAGAGUGAUCAACAAACUCGAAGAAGCCCUGCGCAUCGAAGCCAUCAUCGCAACCGCCAUCCUCAUGCUUUGGGUAUUCAUCGCUCUAAUCGGUAUCGGUCGCGCAAUGAUGCUUUUCUGGGGCCACGAGAAGCACCGCGGAGAGGGGGGUCGGGGUCAUAUUCUCGACCCUGUCCCUCGGGGUGGUCCGCCUGUCCAUGAUCCGAAUGGUUUCACUGAGGUUCCACUCACCUCUGUUCCGAGAAACAUGUCUGUGGAUGGGCACAUUGCUCCGCAAUACACUGCCACGGUUGCAAGCUCCGCGCCUGUGCAAAGUAACCCGGCAUCAUACAAUGAUGAGAAGAUUGGGUUUGCAGGACAGAGGAACUAUGGCAAUGCGUUGCAGGUGGAUACGGCUCCCGAUUUGAGAGGUAGCAGCUACGUUGAAUACGACAUAAAGCGAUGA